AUGAUGAAGACCUGGCUUUGGUUGAAGUUGAUUUUAACGUUCCAUAUGCUGAAAGAACAUCUCGUCUGUACAGAUAAAAUAUGUCAAAACUUCAAAUUUUUCAUAGACCAACAUCUUGUCGCUGACCACGCCCUUCAAGGUCAUGUGUUUAAAAGCUUAACAGUGGACAGCGUCAGCUGGUGUCACGUGACGUGCAAAGAUGACUGUCGUUGUAUCUCAAUGAACUACAUACAAAACACUCCACGAAACAACUGCCAACUGAACGAUGUUAACAAACUCAUGAAACCAGAUGCACUGAAAUAUAAAGCUGGAACAAAUUAUUACGACCUGGUACGGGAGUACAUCAUUCAUGGCAGGCGUUUUCACCACAAAAUUGACCGCUGUGUUAACAGAUGCUGCCAAAACAAUCCGUGUCUGCAGGGUGGGACCUGUCAGGAGAUUUGUGAACCCACCACUGUGAGGUUUAACUGCAGUUGCCCUCCCGCCUAUACUGGUCAGCGGUGUGAGACACUAAAGCAUCCUCGUAACUGCAAGGAUGUGGCAAGAAAUGGCGCAAAGAUUUCUGGGAGGUUCAGAGUUUACGAUUCGCAAAACAAGCCUUUUCAAGUCUACUGCGACUUGACUCAUGAGCCUGGCUAUGUUUGGACGCUAAUACAGUCGUUCUCUUACGGAAAUAACGACCAGUUUAAGGUUAAGAGAUUUGGUCUUGACUUCCCAGUAAACGAAGAGGCAAGCACAAUAAACUGGAGCGCUUAUCGGUUAUCCCUCUCCCGUAUGCGGUCACUUGCAGUUUCGUCAACCCAUUUUAGAGCCACUUGCAACUUCCCGGAUGGUCUCGUCUACACUGACUACGCUCGCGCAAAGUUGGAGGGCCACGAUCUGUUUGGUCAGUGGUAUACACAGUGCCGUACAUAUGAAUAUCUAAACAUACGGGAUAUUGAGUGUAAUGAAUGCACCGCGGGCACCUGGCAAAAUAACGAGAUGUGGCAUCUUAACAGUGAAAGGAGCGUCAGCACUGCUGGGUGUGAGUUUAACGGUGAGGUGGGAGCAGUUCCUCACGAACAAAAUUUUGGAUAUUAUAUUUAUUUUAAUGUGAACUUCAGAUGUACUUCCCGACAGAAUUCAACCACUCAGCAUUGGAUUGGAAGUAGAAAAUGAAUAAUUACAAAACCUCGCUUUUGUUAUUUUGGAACUAGACGCACAAAUGUUCGAAAUGAAUGCAUAUUAAUGGCGCCUGCCGCUCAAUUUUUGUUGUUGUUGUUGUGAGCUUUUGGCCACAGGUGACUAAUUUCAAAGUGAAACUUGAAAUUGGAACAAGAGUCUGAAUAUAUGUAUUAGUGAAUAAAUGUCAGUUCAGCUUUGAAACCG